CUGGGAACUAGCUUUUCCUUUUGAGAAGAGGGACUUAGUGGGGAUCGCUCGCUGGCGUGAAAAGGCUCAGCCACGGGCUUGUCAGAACGUUGCAAUCAGCAGGAUGUUUCCAGCGCCGGAGCCUCCCAUUGCCCCGCUCAGCAUUUCAGGCUGGCGGCCACGGCAGGGACCCUUUCUGCUGAGGGCUCAGCUUCCCCCCCGCCAUUUCCUGGAGCAGGAGGCGGGCAGCCUGUGCCUGGCGCUCCUGCUCCCGGUGGUGGCCGGCUUGGAGUUCAGCUAUCACCACAGCGAGCAGCUGGAGACCUUCCUGAAGGAGGUGCACCAGCAGCACCCCUCCAUCACCGCCCUGCGCAGCAUCGGGCGCUCCGUGGCAGGUAGAGACCUGUGGGUUCUUGUUCUGGGAAGGUUUCCAACCCAACAUACCAUUGGCAUACCAGAAUUCAAGUAUAUUGCUAAUAUGCAUGGGGAUGAGACAGUUGGCAGGGAGCUGCUGCUCCAUUUGAUAGACUUCCUGGUGACGAAUGAUAAGAAUGAUCCAGUUGUUACAAGGCUAAUCAAUAGCACGCGGAUUCAUAUCAUGCCAUCAAUGAACCCGGAUGGAUUUGAAGCUACAACAACGCAUGAUUGUUAUUACUCAGAAGGAAGGUUCAAUAAGAAUGGGGAAGAUCUGAAUAGGAAUUUCCCUGAUGUCUUCAACAGUAACAAUGUCACAAUCCAGCCAGAGACUCAAGCAGUGAUAAAUUGGAUACAAAAUGAGACAUUUGUUCUUUCAGCUAAUUUGCAUGGUGGAGCACUGGUUGCCAGUUAUACAUUUGAUAAUGGUAACCCAGCUACUGGCUCUUUACAAGGCUAUAGCAGAUCACGAGAUGAUGAUGUUUUCAUACACCUUGCAAAAACCUACUCUUCCAACCAUGCCAGCAUGUACAAAGGGAAUGAAUGUGGGAAUAAACCAGUCUUUCCAUAUGGCAUUACAAAUGGGUAUGCCUGGUACCAACUGCAAGGUGGGAUGCAGGAUUACAACUACAUCUGGGGACAAUGUUUUGAAAUUACAUUGGAGUUGUCAUGCUGUAAAUAUCCACCAGCAAGUCAACUUCAGGCCUUCUGGAAUGACAACAAAGCUGCUUUGAUUGAAUACAUUAAACAAGUUCAUCUCGGUGUCAAAGGUCAAGUUCUUGACAGGCAUGGACAGCCUAUACCAAAUGUAAUAGUGGAAGCCAAAGGAAAGGAACAUAUCUGUCCUUAUAGAACCAAUCAACAUGGAGAAUAUUACCUUCUCCUCCUGCCUGGAAGCUAUGUGCUUAAUGCUACAAUACCCGGAUCUGGAUCAAUACUAAAGACACUGCUAGUACCAAAUGGUCCUGAAAACUUCAGUGCUUUGAAAUAUGACUUUGUUUUCCCAGAGAUCUCCACCCUAGCAAGAGAUGCUUCAUGCCCUACCAAACCUCUUUAUCAGGAUUUUGAAAGCAUUUCAGCAGCAAUAAAACCUACUUUGCAUUUCUUGGCUUUAAUGACUGUUUUGUAUACAGUUUUCAAAUAAAGCCAAGAAUGAAUUAGGUGAGACUUGAAGACAUUAUCUCUAGCACAUCAGUGCACAAAUGUGUUUUUUAAGAGCUAAAAGCUGUAUUUGCAAAAGAGUGUAUAUUAUUGUAUAAUUGAAACCUAAGAUUUUUUUUAACCAAGUUUACUAUAUUUUUAAAAUGUUGGCUGGACAAUCAAUAAAUGUUUUGACUGUUUAAAUAUACCAGAAUAAUGCUGAAAUCCAUCCCCCUUUCACACGAUCAAGCUUGCAGCAGGUUUGUCUUCACAAGUUGAAGGUAGCUCAGGUGUCUGUCUGCACCCCAGAUAUACCAGACCAAGACCUUUGAUCUUCACCUGAAAACAGGGUCAUCCCCCACACUGUGCAACUCUUCCCAUUAAUUGCCUUCUGAAGUCCAGGUAAGCUCUUCAUUAACACUUGACUCAGUAUGCUUAUAGACUUCUGUUGUAAGAUACACAAUGGUCCACCAGGGAUAUAAGUGUCUCCCACCUCCCUGUCUGGAGAAGUAUGACUCAAGGCACACUAUCUUUGAGUGACCUGCCUUUGACUACAAGGCCUAGUUAGAAUAAUUUUCAGCAUGGAUACAUAACUCCUCAAAUAUUCUCUGUACAGACAUCUCACAAUCACGAUGACCAGUGUGAAACAGGCUUUCAGUAAAGACCUUUCAUGAUCCCUUUUUGGUAAACCCUGGGGAUCCCUGAAUCCAUAUGUGCCUUUCUGUCCUUGGGUCACUAUAACCCUAUAAAACAAAACAAAACAAGUGUCACUUCAAGUUGAAAGCUGAUCUAACAGUCCUCCAGGAACCCCACCUCAUUGAGCCUGAGGCUUUUUUAGUAAUUACCCAGCCAAGUCUAGGCAGGUGUUAAUUCAGUUCAAUAAAAAAACGGAACCCAUAAAUCUUAUCAACCGAUAAAGACAUGGAAGGAAGGCUCUUAAUUAACAACGCUGGCAUCUCCCAUGUUACAUACACUUUUUUGUUAACUUUUGUUACAACAAAGAUGAUUCCUCCUUUUUCAAUCAAUUAUUUUGAGAUUGACUCCUCCCUAGUAAAUCUGAUUAUAUCAAGGGACUUCAGCAAAAUGUUAGACCUGCUUUUGGACAGAUCGAGCAGACUCCACCAUUCCUAAUCCUCCGUGAGGCAGACCAUUAUUGCCCAGACAGGGCUUAAAGGACAUGUGGAGGCAGCAGAACCCUAGAGGUAGAAACAACACCUUUUUCUCACCCUUGCAUUCUCUAUAAUCAGAGUGAAUUCUGUUUGGUAUCAGGUGGCUUUGUAUUUCUUUAACAAUGAAACAACACCUACUAUGAUCUUUGAUCAUGCACCUGUGGUGUUGCUACUCAUCUCCUGAAAUAUAGGGGCUACUGGAAGAUGGAGGUUAAACUCCUCUAUUACUAGACACACAAUUUAAAAAAAAAAAACUUUGUGGAGGAAGAAACACAAUUUUUCUUUGAGACCAAUGACAACCAUUUGAUCUAAGCAAUCUCACUGGAUGCUUUCAAGGCAUACUUAAGGGGAAGAAUAAUAUCCUACUUCUCUCAUAAAAAGAGAGCUAAGCAGGGUGAGCUGGUGAAUUUAAUGUAAAGGCUCAAGCAGGCAGAUCUUAGCUAUGCUGAUUCUCCCUCUUCUGAUAAACUCCAAGAUGACCCAUCUCAGAUAUGAAAUUAAUACAUUAACCUUGACUCAGGCUGAAUUUGCUUUGUUUAGAGUAAAAGAGACAUACUAGGAAUUUAGCAACAAAACUGAUAAACUAAUUCACUGAAAGCUAACAUCCCCUCAAUUCACUUGUCAGAGGCAGAUACUCACCAAUCAAAAAAGUAUUAAUGAACAAUUCUCUAAAUUCUACCAAUGCUCAUAUUUAAAUGAAAAUUCCUGAUUAAUUACUUGACGAAUACACCAACCCCCCCCCAAAAAAAACAACCUGCGACUCCCCCAGCUAACAGAAGAACAAAAAAUUUUGCUUGAUUCCCCUUUACAAACUUCUGAGAGCAUAGCUAUCCUAUGCAACAAGAAAUUGGGUAAGGCCCCAGCCUCGAAGGCUUUCCUGGUGAAUUUUAUGCCCAACUCAAAGACACUCUGGCUCCCAGACUGGCCAAAGUAUACACUGAGGCUUUUUGGUAGAGGUACUCUGCCCUCUUCAGUGAAUGAAGCCCUAAUCUCUGUCAGUUUUAAGCCUGACAAAGAUGCCUAUGAACAUGCUAACUAUUUACUAAUAUCCAUAAUCAACUGAUAUUAAAAUAUUGUCUAGAAUCCUAGUUGGAUGAUUAGAAAAAGUAAUGCGCAUAAUACACCUGGACCAGGUGGGUUUUAUACAAGAGAGACAAGGGUCAGAAAACACUCAACUUAAUGUGCUGUCCUACUAUCAAAACUCCUUAAAACUGACGGCUGUUCUGUUGGUGGAUGUGGAAAAAGCCUUCAAUAGAGCAAAUUGGAGGUAUUUUUUCCUCAUCCUAUAAAAAUAUGGACUUCCUGUCUCUUUCAUUUCCUAGGUUAGACUUCCAUGCUCCAAUCCCAGGUUGCAACCAAUAACUACAUUUCCCCUCUUUUCAGUCUCUAGUCCCACAGUAAUAGACAGGGUUGUCCCCACCUCCUCUCCUUGGAGCUGCAUGCAAUACAAAUCAGAGCACGCUAGGGGAUCCAAGGUAUUACACAUAGGGUCUUAACAGACAAAAAUAUGCUAAUAUACUUUUAUUCAUCACCAACCCCCCCUCAGACCACCUCCAAUAUAUUACAAAACCAUUGAAUUGUUUGGGAAAGUCCCAGGGCACAAAAUUAAUUGGCACAAGUUGGAGACUGUCAGUAUCUCUCAGAAAGGGCAUAAUGUCACCCUCUUAGACAAAACUUUUCGCUGGCAACAGGAGGAAAUCAGCCAGUGGCUUGGGAGUCUGCUUUUCUAGUAAUAUAAAAGAGUCAAAAUUAAUUUUAAUCUUCUUACCACACCAGUAGCUUUGGAUGUACAUAGAUGGCAGGCCCUCCCUCUAUCCCUUUGGGGUAGAGUUUAAUAUAUUAAAGAUGAAUGUCCUUCUAAUGGUUCUAUUUAUGCUUAGCUCCUUGUCAGUUUAUAAUUACCCUUCAGGUAUUUUUUUUUUCAGAAUUAACAUUUGUAAGAUCUUCUUGUGGGGUGUGGGCAACAAGCCCAGAAUAUCUUUUGAGAAAAACCGCAACUGCCUAUCAAAUCAGGAGGCUUUGAGUCUACCCAACUUUAGGCUUUACUAUAUUAGCUUUAAUCUUGAGACAAAUGGCAUAAUGAUUGGCCCUUCAAUGCUCAGGCUCUCCAGCCUGGCUGUACAUGGAGGAAGGAACUGUAGCCCCACCACCACUAGAAUCAAUUCUAAAAUCAGACUUCUUCAGAAAAUGGUAGAAGAAAUCGGACACAAUUCUGACAUCUUGGAAAGCUUGGUAUCUGGUUGCGUCUCAGUUUAAAUAUCAUCUCUUAUUACAUUCAGAGACUUCAAUUUGGAGUCAUUCAAAAAUUUUAAUUGCAUAUAGACGCACUCUAUGGCCUGACUGAAUUUAAAGAAGACGACAUUUUGAGCAUUAAUCACAUAAUUGAAAAUGAUUCCUUCAUGCUCCUUCCUCGUCUUAGGAAGAAAUUCCAACUGGACCCAAAGAAGGAAUGGCAAUAAUUUCAUGCUCUGCAACACCAGUUUGGUUUAGAUACCUUUGCAGCCCCAGAAUCCUUAACUUUGGAGCUUCCUGAAAAAGUUACUGUCUACUUAAGUCAUUGUCUAGUCUGUAUUCCAAACUAUCAGGCAAAUUGGCAAUCAGCACGGACAAUGUUAGAAAGAAAUGGGAAGAUGAGUGAUUAGUUUCCCUUACCAACAUUGAGUGGAAUCAGAUUUCUUCCACUAUACAACCCCAAAUCUAGCAAGCAGUGUUAAGAUAGCUCCAGUAGAAAGUUCUUUGGAGAAUGCAAUAGAUUCCAUAUAGACUUUUCAAGUCCAGAGUACCCAGGUUUGACAAAUGCUGGUGCUGCAAUGCAGCAGGUACUCAACUUACACCAUAUGCUUUGGGAUUGUCCUGCGAGCUGUCUUUUCUGGAUAGAGGUAAAUAUAUGGACCAAUUUCUUUCUGUCCACCAAUGUGGAACUGCAGGCUGGCCACACCAUCCUAACCAAUCCAUCUUGGAAACUGAAGGCCUUUGAAAGAGUAUGGUUGGGUAGAACUUGAUCACAGCCAAACAUCUAGAUCUACAAUGGUGGCAAUCCCAAAUGCACCCACCUAGGGGCCGCAGGGACAGGCCAGCUGCUUUGGGAAGCCAUGCGGAGCCGGGUAGGGAGCCUGCCAGCUUUAUUUUCUUCUUCUUAUAAAUAUAUCUGUUAGUCAAUUGUGAAGAGGUCAGCAACACUUCAGGGAUAUUCCCUGAGCGCAGAAGGUUGACCUUGAGUCUUAACAUAUGCAAUAAUUCGGUCUUUUGGCUGAACAAGUUGCCCCUUCAAAGGGUAAAUCUUCAACAGUGACCUGUUCCUCCACGGGGAACCCUGAAAAGUGAAGCCAGGAUUCCUGUUGCCAUCAAUCUAGAGGCUGCAUUGGCCAUGUCUACUGCAGCCUGGAGAUUAUCUGGCCACCGGCCUACCUUUUUCCGUAAGGGCCUGGAAGUGUGUCUUCCCGUGGAAGCGUCUCUCAAAAAUCUGAAAACUUGGAAUAGUUGACAAAAUUCUACUUUGCCAGUAAUGCUUGAUAAUUGACUAUUUGGAAUUGCAAGCUGGUUGAUUGUGAAUACCUUUCUUCCCAGAAGAUCCAGGUGGUUAGCUUCUUUAUCCAAAGGGGUAAAUCAGCUGUGUAGUUGUCUCCACUUUUCACCAUCAGUUUGCACCACGGAGUUUGGGACAGGAUGAGUGAACAGAAAACUCUGCUCCCUUAGCUAAGAAAAUAUAUAUCUUUCUUUGCUUUUAGAAGUAGGUGCACAUGGUGCUGGAGUGUGCCACACCAUCUUAGCCAGUACUAGGAGAACCUCUAAAAGCAACAAAGAAUCCUGUGGCACCUUAUAGACUAACAGACGUUUUGCAGCAUGAGCUUUCGUGGGUGAAUACCCACUUCUUCGGAUGCAGGAGAACCUCAUUCACUACACUAGGAGCACUACCCUACUAGCCCUGCAUUCUGUAGACUGUCCAGGAGUUGUGUGGUGAUUCCUGGACCUUGUCCACAGGGAUCUGAAGCACCUUAUCAAUGCUCCUUAAUAGCUGCUGGAAUGGUUUGUGAUUAUUAGGCACAACAUAGUAAUGCUGGGGCAACUGCCUUCUCAGGAGAUGAUGAGGAUAGAUCCAAUCCUCAUUCCUCCUCUUCCUUGGGCUCUGGGAGAGCUUGCUCUCUUGAAGAAGAGGGAUAUUGUGUAAUUCUAUACAGGACUGUACCAAUUCUGGCUAAUGUGUAUAAAGAUCCCAUGGUCCUCAAUAUGGCCAGUGAGAAGGGUCCAUUGUAAGGUUUGUUUUGGGGGUUUUCCAUUUUGUUUAAGUGGUUGUUUGCUUCCAUGUUUGAUCCCCUUCUUGUUCAUCAGUUGCUGCCCUUUUUCAGUAAGAGCGGGAAAAUUGUGUCAUGUGACUUGGGAAUAGCCUGCCUAGUAACAGGAGAGCACAAAAGCCUGGCACAACCUGUGAAGCAUGCUGUCUGUCCCACAGGCAGCCCAAUGUCUGCAGAAUAACAUCAAGGAAGAAGAUCAACUCACCUGUUCCCAAGAGUGCUCCUGAUCUUUGUCCAGUCCACGGUGUUCCUGGUUUCUGUCCUUGUCUGUUCUUCUACCAGACAUGGUCCCAAUCCUGUUGUGACAUCCCUGUUCCCCUCCUGGUAUCCCUGGGAAAUGGUGAUGUACAGUUUUACCUGUUUAUCUUGUUGACCCACUUAUAGUUUUGAGGUCCUGGCUUUAUGCCAAUUUGUGUAUUAACUAUUGAGUUAUUUUAAUAAAUUGUAUUGUUAGUACCCAUUA